AUGGAGUUGGAGACACAAUUACAUGAUACCGAGAAUGCAUCGAUUGAAGCGUCUCCAGCUACUUCAAAUCUGACAUCCAGCGAAGAAUCCACACAGACUUUCACCACUGGGAGUGGUGAGGGACAAUCUAGCUUUAUCGGAUCUUCAAGUGGAAUCCACUUGGUUCGAUCAGCCCUCGAGUGCGCUCAGCAGGAUUACUCGAAUCUGGAAACACCGUCAGAAUCUGCAGAAGCGCGACCCAAUCCUCCACAGCCACAAAAGUAUAAUGAAAGGACUGCUUUACCCCCACGAGAACUGGCAAAUAAUCUGAAAGACACCUUUUUCAGCUGUUAUCAAAUUCAGUAUCCGAUUCUAAACCAGGAACAAUUCGAGAAGACCAUGUCACAAUUCUACGAUGAUCAUGAAGGCAGGAAUGACACCUCUGACUUGUCAGCUGUGGACGUACGAGUGCGGUUUAUGAUCAACAUGGUUCUUGCGAUUCCCCUAAUGUCUAUGGCUGGGGACCAUGACGAAAGUCAUACAUUGUCAAAGAGUCUCACUGCCAAUGCCAUGGUUGAUGCAGGCCACAUCAUGCAAGCAAAGAACGUGCAGUCUCUACAAUGUCUACUGCUACUUUUGUUACUUUCAAUAGUGGAUUCUUCUUCCGCGCCCGUCUGGUAUAUAUCGGGCCUAUGCAUGAGGAUGUGCAUUGAUUUGGGAUACCAUUCAGAAAGGACUAUCGAUAUGUCUUCUUUCUCGGGUGCGACCGACACGCGCAAAGAGGAAGAAGCAGAUAUUAAGCGCCGCCUCUUUUGGAUUGCGCGUAGCUUUGACAGAACCUUCGCCGUCCUACUGGGUCGUCCUUUCACCUUUGACAAUCUGCCAGUCGAUGUUGACUUACCUGGCUGCUCCCUGACGUCUACGAACCGUCAACAGACAUUACAUUGGCUUGAGCUGCAGCGACUGCAAAGCGUGAUAGUUCAUAGGCUUCACGGUACACGAGACGCCAUCGAUCGACACCAUACAGAAGAUUCAGAACUUGAGAUAUCUCAAUGGAUGAUAAACAUGGCGGAAAGUCUGAGAGAUUGGAAUAAUAUCGCCCAAACGCUUGCUGACCCUUGUGGCUGCGACGUCAAUUGGUGGAGCUACUGGCAUAGAACAGCUUUGCUCAUUUUGUACCGGCCAUCUUCGUUACGACCAAGCCUCAGUCCAUCCGAGACAUUGUCUUGCUACAUGGCGGCGAAAGAACUCAUACAACUAUCAUUUCUCCGCAUUAGUGAAGGCUUGGCGGACUUUACUUGGAUUGAUCUUCACUUCCAAUUCAUGAGCGGUAUUACUAUGAUACUCAUUAUAUGGAAGAAUGUAGAAGCGAGGAAUAAGGCUCAAGAGGAUUGGGUCUCGCUCAAGAGUACCCUGUUUCAGUGGAAGUUGAUAUUGGAGAGACUUGGAGCGCGUUGGGAACGAAUCGGUCGAGCUCGUGAAGUACUGUCUAGAUUGGCCGAUGCUACGGUCGACCUGGUGGAGAAGGAUCCUGCAAGACCUACAGGCGCCCUUCAGACAAGGGUGUUUCAAGGCAGGAGAGAAACAAGACGUAGCCAAAGGCACUCGAUCAUACAAAGACUUCGAAAUCUAUCACAGCAAGAUCGAAGUUCAGCUGGAUCCUGUCGGGACUCGAGGUUACCUGAUUCUAACACAGCGUCCGAUGGAAAUACCAUACAGUUAAGCAACUCCAUCAACAACAGGAAUCCCGAACAUCGAGGUCAGGAUGUGACCACUACGCAGGAGCUUCCACUAGGACCUGCAGGGUGGAACUGGACCGAUUCUAACGUUAAUAUACAACAAGAGACAGCUAUUGGGUCACAAGCUGUUGGUAAUACCUCGAACUGGGAGGCAGAAGAAACACUCUGGCCACUACUCAAUCUAUCUGAUAUCACGACUGGCACUGAUGAGUUGGAUCUCUGGGCGUAUUUCUCCGCUCCGAUGCUGGACAUGGAGAAUCUAGCCCUCCCAAACUUCAACGGUGGCAUCAGACUUGACGAGUCCCUUAACAAUAGUAUCCUCAACUUUCAAGGGGAUCUCGACUACUUGCCUUCUCCAACCGGAGCCAACGGUACUGAGGGAAGUCAUUGA